AUGUCUGCGACCCCGCCAGUUUCUGCUGUGUUUAUUGCACAGGCAUGGGUGGCUCCGCCCACCUAUGAGAAACAUGUGCGAUAUAUGUCAAAGGCGUUUUCCUCCUUGGAGCCGGCACGAGAGGCCGCCGCCGAUCUGCUUUUUAAGUUGGUGCAGUCCGCCGUAGAUCCUGAAGAUUUCAACCGUGAAGAUAUCUGGAAAUAUGGGCCAUCAAAGUACGAGUCGUUGUGGGAGGCUUGUGGGGAGGAAGGUGAGAGAGGGGCUCAAUGGGCCUUGGAAGUGGGUGGCCCAGAUCUACCGGCCUUUGCCCAGGUGCUCAAGUUCACCUUGGGCAAGAAGGCCUCGAAGCCUGAAGUGGUAUGUAGCAUCCCAGAGGAAGAUGAUGACGGCCGGGACGAGGCAGAAGAAGAGGAAAAGCCGAAAGAGGGUGACCCGGAAUGCCAUGAGCCAGUUACAGCGCAAGAAGUUGCUUGCGUUUCAAGAUGGUCCACGAAGCGCCCCCGAGAGGAUCCAUCCUGGACGUUUCUGAUCGUCUCAAGGGCCAUCGCACCAGUAUAUGACAUGGUUGUUCGUGCAUACCGUGCUGUCUGUGCCAGUGCGGAAGAGGCGUCUUCCCUGGCUGAGGAGAUGCUCUUCAAUAUCGUGGACGACUCCUUCCGCGGAGGUGCUGAGGCUUGUGCUCGCGUGCGCUGGCGACGAGAUGAAGUUGCCAACUACAAGUCUGACACAUAUAUGAAGCUUUGGCAUUCCUGCGAUGCUGGACGGUCUCCUCCAGGUCUUUUUGCCAAAGUCGAUGUGUGGAGGUUGCCCAUUGACGCGUCGGAGUCUGACAUCAUCUUGAGCUGUGUAGAAGCCGAUGGCCACAUUGCAUGUACAACACUUUCCGGUGAGCCAGUGGCCAAAGUGGAAGUUCCGUCAGGAUGCGACAACUGGAGGAAAUGGAUCGCUUCCGCCCCACGAGAUAUACAAGCAACGACUUCAAGCUUCAAUGGCAAGCUGAAGCUCAUCGAUCAGGAUGGUCAUAUCCUGGCGAAGCUACCGAACCCAAGGCAACCUACACUGACAUUACAGCUGCCGACGUGCAGGUGA